AUGUCUUCCUCUAGCUCUCCCAAAACACUCAUCCUUAUAGGCUUAUAUCCCGAUGCACAACUCCCACCACAGGUGGCCGCGGCCUUCGCCAAAGCAGGUGUGACUAAUCUCGCUCUGAUAGGCCCUUCCCAAUCCUACCUGGAAGAGGUCAAGAACAGACUGCUAGAACAACAGUCAGGUGCCAGUGUGGUGCUGCAGGAAGUCGACAUUACCUCUCCGGAGAGUGUCGGAAUUGCCUCUCACAACAUUCGAGCAGAAUUAGGUGCGUGGGACAUCUUGGUCAACUUCUUGUCGCCACCAGCAGUCCAGAGAACAAGCAUCCGCGGAGCUGACGAAGAUGAAUGGUGGAAUGUAUUUGAGCGCAACGUCAAAAGUUUGCAUCAUAUUGGGCGACACUUCUUCUCGAAGAUGAGAAACGGCGCGGUAUUGAUCAACGUGUUGUCUAGCAAUAUUGGUGGUGGUCAAACGGGCAAGAACUCGAGUGAAAGUGCUAGUCAGCUUGCAGCUGUAAGGGUCGUCGAGUAUCUUGGCAAGGAGAAUGAGAGCACAGGCUUGCGAGUCGUCAACGUCCGUGCAGCAACGAGCGAACAGGCGUCAUCAAAUCUUGGGUCAUUCUCGAACGGUACGAUAGCUCCGGAAGACUUCUUGGUCUGGUGCGCGUCGGAUGAAGCAGCUUUUCUCGGAGGAAAGACUGUGUCAGCCGGUGCUGGUAUUGGGAGGCUGUUAGAGGCUUCACGACCUACCAAACCCAUAUAG